CGCUAGUAAUCAUGCUGCCCAUUGUCGUUUCCAAGCUUCCCGCUCCUUUUUCUUUUCUACCAAUGCCGCUAAGUCCUCUCCUUCCCCUUAGAAUUAGGGUUCUUAGUCAUUUCCUGCCAUCCUCGAUUCAGAGUAAGGCUAAGUACUCGUCCAUGGAAAAGGAGCAGCGAGCGAAGGGCUUCCAGGACUUCAAAUAUCGCGGCGUUACUGGGGGUCGCGUUGACGGCGACGGAAUCGCUGACCUUAUCAUCCCCCAUCUCCUCAAAUUAUACGGAUCGAGUGCGACGGCGCGGGACUUUGAAAUCUACUCUCCGAAUGCGAUAUUCGAGGAUCCGCUGAUGUGCGCUCAUGGAGUGAAGCAGAUCAAAUCGGCGUUCUAUUCUCUGCCCAAGUUAUUCAGUGAGUCCAAGAUUGUUGAAUAUACGGUAGAAGAAAAUUCAACCGGACCUGGAAAAGUAGAGAUUUUGAUUGAUAACAAGCAACACUACAAAAUCUUCGGGAAGGCUAUCGACCUAGUAUCGCUUAUCAGGCUGAAAGUUGAAGAAGGGAAAGUUGUUCGCCAUGAAGACUGGUGGGACAGGAAGCCUCUGAAAAACAGGGAAACAGCCAGUCUAGCUUUAACAGGGAGACUAUCAGAAGUGACACGCAGAGCUUCUAUGCUGAUCACUCAUGUCCUGAUGGGUUUUGGCAAGGACCCAAGCAAUUGAAACAAUUUCAUGGUCCAUUCUUUUUCAUAGUUAAUCAGUAGAUUGCUGGAGAAGAUAAUAUAACUUGAAAAAUUGAAUAAGUGAUUGAGUUGUGUUCGUCUGUGUAAUAUUGGUACGUUAAUCAGACCCUAUUCUACACAAAUACAAUGAGGAUGCAUGAUUAAAGCAGAGUUUCCUA